CCGCCCCAGCAGCUGAUCGCGGUCGCUCGGCGGCAGUGCGCGUCGGCGGCAGGCGGCGCGGACGCGCGGUGGUCGCUCGCGCUUUGAUUGUGUGCUGUGGUGAUGAACUGGAGAUCGGGUGCGAGGAUGUAGUGCAGUCGGUAAUCGGUAUCAGCCGGUGGUUCCAACCGCUGAGACAUCGCAGACUUCUGGUGUCUGCUGAGAGCGGAAAACCAGCGACCACGGCAGCCUCUUCGUCUACUGUGGGGUGGAAGAAGGCGCCAACAACAGCAUCGAGAUCUCCAACGCUUGCUCCGUCUUUUCCGUCACGGAUCGGCAGAGCGGAGGUGGGAUGAAUCGCCCCCAGCGAUCCGCCAGUCACCCUCGGUACGAGGGCAGGGAUGGAACAGCGACUGCAGCGACACCUGCAGUGGCAGUGGUGGCGCCCUCUGUGCACGCCGAGCCAGCCCUGCCGCCAGCAGCCAGGAGAGACAGCGGAGGGAGCCGCGGAGCGAUGGAAAGGCUCCAUCGCACGAUGCCGAUGCCGCUACCGAUACAACCAGCAACACAACUACGACAGCCACCAGAACAGUGGCAUCAGCUCCGCGAACCGCCGCCUGCCCACCUCCAGUCCACACUACGGAACACCGCCCGCCCGCUGGAGCCAUCGUAUAUUCCUCGUCACUCCGCUCAACCACCUCCUGCGCACAUGUCCCAUCCACCUCUGCUUCGCCGUCACUCCGUCCCAACCUUGCCUCCUCCUCCGGCACAUCGCUUUGACCUGUCUCAAGGGCCACACCAACGCGAGACGGAACCCGCCAGUGACGGAGCUCUGCAAGCGCGCAGCAUGUCACUGUCAGUGUCGGAGACGCCACUUGCCAGAACGAUGCCUCCGCUCUGGGUGAGCCGAGGAUCUCAGAUGCCACCGUCAGUUCCGAGGCAGGAACCAGCGCCCCUUCAACCACGUACUUCCAAUGACGUAGGACCACUGCCAACACCACUGAAUUUAUUGCUUGGAGCGGAGCAUCGCAGCACUGCUCCUAUGGUCUUCCCACAGUCAAACCUUGCAACUUCAGAGCUAGAUAAGCUCGAGCAGAUGAUCCGCACCUAUAUGGACAAGUGGCGAGCUCCUGAGCUGCAUGAUGAUCGAUAUUCGAGUUUGACUAAUCAGCAGAUGUCUGAGCUUGUCAUGGCGCAAUGUGAGACACCUGAAUGUCUUGACGCACCACGUCAAGCACGUCAAGCUCCUGAGCUACCACCCCUACAACGUCCAGGUGCUGGAGGACCCCAACUUCAUGGGCCGGAACAUUCACGCCUGCAGAGCCAGGUUGCAGGAUACCGACAAUCGGAUCACCGAAACAGCGAACACCCGAAACCGUUACCAACAGCGUCGAAGAGACCAACGUAUCAGCAUUCUUUAACAUCAGAAAGUCCGGCUGUGCUGCGUCCUUAUCAAGGUCAUCCGAUUCCACAGCGUCCGAUCCUGUUCUCCGAUCCGGCUUCCGCUGUUCCGUGCUCAGCUCCUCCGAAUGCCCAUCAGGCGCACCUUGUGGCACGGCACAGGUCGCAAGCUCAGAACGCUACUGCUCUCUACCCAAGUACAGAGACUGGGCACGAUCAGCAUCUCUCUCAAACAUGGCCUACGCCUCGCCCUCCAAAAUCCAUGGACAAUCACCUCACCGACACGGGAGUUGGGCCUGCUAUCAAAGAGGCAUGUCAGACAUUGAAGAAUUCAUCGCUUCCAGUGGAAGUGCUAUCCUCUCUGAACAGGUUCAGGGCUCCUUCGAGCUCCACUACUCACCAGAAGACGCCAGCGGCAGGCAGUCGACGGAUGUCGAACACACACAACCUGAAGCCGUUUGUUUUGGACAAGAUGCAUGCAUUCUACGAGCACGCUGCGAUCAGCCAAAGGGCAGAGAUGGGAGCAGAAGGAAGAUCCAAAGCUCUGACUCCACCAACAAAUCAGCAGGCGGCCCAGGCAAAGUUCCAGCUUCAAGUAAAGCAUGAGGCCUCAUCCACCCAGGUUCAAUGUUCAACGACUCGAGGCCAGCCACUGACGCUGAAGAAUGCACCGGUGACAACGACUACAACUCACCUACCAGCGGCACAAGCACGGAAACCAGCUCUUGCCCCGCGACUUCCUCCGCCAGAUCCAUAUCCACAUGCAGGAGACACGACACUCGACACGCUGGAUCGCCGUAACCGCUCAGCUCUCCCACCGCCGUUGCUGCCCCUUCCACCACUAUCGCCAUUAGAUCCCGUCCUCGCGUCAACAGACGAGCCUCACACUCCGCCGCUCACCAUGCCACCGCCACCAGCGCCAGGGCUGUAUGUCACACCGGAGAACGGGGCGGGCCAGCGAAAGGGAGGGUUCGUCGACACACCAAGACCGACCUGGCCGCCGCCCGGGGAGAGGUUCCGCGCGAAUGGAGGGCACAGAGAGAUCAUGUCAGAUCGAGAUGGGGCGGCAGACGUUGGGUCGCAGCAUGGUCGCUUGCAUGGAAAAGAGUGCACUGAAGAAGAAAAACAGGGUGGAAAAAUGAGCUCAGCAAAGGUUCUCUUGAAAGGGGGGCUACAGCGAAAGAAAAGAGAGGGUGGUCGAUUCGAAGAAAAACAUUCAAUGAAGAAGGAAGAUCAACCGAAAACGGGCAAGAGGAAUGAUGAUCUUCCAACACUUCAGGCAGACGGUGUUUCGAUUAGGAAGACACAGUUGGAAGAAACUUCUAAGACGAGGUUGGAAAUGCUCAGAAGAAAACAAUUCCCGAUCCAAGAACACGAGCAGCAUUCAUCGUUGAAGGAGGUUCAAGAAAGAGGCUCUAAGCAAUGUUUCAAGGACAUGAAACUAAAAGAUACGUGUCCUUAUCUACUGCAAGACAGUGAAGCAAAGCUGGUAAUUCAACAGCCCACGCACGUAUACUGUGUAUCUCUCCCAGAUACACAACCACCGGAACCAAGACCAGUCGCUGACGGAGAUCAGUCGAGACAAGCUUCUGCUUCAUCCCUUGCUGGACAAGGCCCAAUGGAAGUCGAACCUUCAGACAGCCGACAGCAGACGACCCAGCAUCCUGAUGAAGAUACUCUUUCUCCAGCUAAUAUGACGUCGGACAGUCGAAGAGAUGAACUGGCAUCACCCAGUCACACACAUCAAGCACCAACGGUGCCCGGAAGAGACCAGGCCAGCUCAAGAGAGGCAAGACCAUUCGCUGAUCAGUAUCGCGACAGCCUUUCAGCACUAGCGUCUGAGAGCACGCCACCAACAAGUUUGGACACGGUCGUGUCUGGUGUACUCAGUCCCAGAGCAUCGGCGCCCGGUGGGAUCACCCAUGGCACCACCAAUGCUGUUCACAGAAGUGACAGAACCAAUGGACAAACUCAGAGGGAAAUGGCUGAAGUGAAGGAUGAUGCGUACAUUGCCUCCCUCACUACUACGGAUGGCGUCGUGAUGGAGGCUGGGCCACAUGAUCUCCGAGUGACGUGUUCCGACGUCCCUCAGGCAGGACCUGCUGAAACGGUUAGGUGUGGCAACGAAGCAGAUAAGUGCCGCUCUUCCACGGAGAAGCAAAGUAUUGCCGACUCCAAGAGUGGCAUCAGGAACGACCGACCGGAACAGAGUGACACACCUACUGUAAUAUCGGAUAGCACAGGGCAAAACACAGCUGCCACAGUCGAGAUCGUCACCAUCAAAGACGACAGCAGCAGCAUGAGUGAUUCCGCCAAUGGCACCACCGCUGCCACCUCAACGAAUCAUCAUAUGUGCACAGCUUCAUUCGUUCAGCGUUCCACCAAAGCCUCCAAGAAGAGCGUCAUCACCAGGCCUCGCGAUAGAGUCUGCAACGCCGCUGUCGACGCCGUUCUGGACCGUAUCGCAGCAACCCCGACUUCUUCUCUCGAAGAUACUGGGGAGGACCAGACGGGCAUCACUGCACUGGAACUGGCCUUUGGUGCCUUCGAUGUCAUGGAAAUUGCCAGUAGCGCGGACUUCAUUGAGCGAUUUCACCUGUACCACUUCCUGGCCGUGUACCGCAAUGAAAGGCUCGGACAGCAGGGAGGUCAUGUUCACGGUAGCAGCGGAGUCAGAGGUGCGGCUGUCAACGGCCGGAGCUGCAACAGGAACCAGGACAGGGCGCUAGACUUAUCUAGAGGAAGCUCUCGGUGGCUCUCAGGAGAAACGCCGGAUGAAGAACCACAGGUGGUAGGCACUGCAGACUCAAAAAGCUCCCCUACAACAGAGAAAGCACAGGUGGAUAAGACGGGUACUGCAGAGCAGGCUUCCGUAGCCACACAGAUGGCUGCGGCGGAAGGGAGAGAGAAGCGACGUCGACAGCUCAGCGGUGCCCUGAAUCUGACCACCCGGCCGGCCGUCAGGUCUAAUACAUUUGAAGGACCAGAAUCGGCGCAACAGAAUCAACUGGAAACCCACCAGGGGCGACAGAUGGAGAACCUUCUGAUGAACGGCCAGCAACGAGGAGCAAACAUGAACGGAUGGAGCAGUGGCUGGCAACAAGGAGCCACACGCGUGGCACCCAAUCUCGAUCUCCGCCCUUCGGAAGCCCGAACUAAUCUUCGAGGAAGCAUGAGCAAUACGGAAAGCAGAUGGUCUUCGAGCGGCCGACAUGCAGAGGACAGGGACUUCCGAAAUGGCGGAACAGGACCUGUCGAACAGGCAAAUGACCCGUCACAGACGUCGCAGCUCGAUCCCAGCGGACCUUGGAUUGACGGCAUCGAUGCUUACCGCCGCGAUGGAGCAUCAAAGUCGUCUACGAACCAAGACCUCAUUCGGAGAUUUGCCGACGCCGGGACUACCAGAACGAGCGAGAGGCAUCCAACCGAUCAGUCACCGACAUCAGGAACGCCACUCAAGGACAAAUCCCGACCGAAACCACUGCACAUUCCUCCAGAGAUAUCUUCAUAUGAGCAUGGAGGGACAUCAGUGCCAUCAAGUGACCAGCUGGAGCUUCUGAAUGGGCGCAAGAACUGUCCCAGCCCUCCGGCUCAACCAGGAAGGGAGCGAACGGCAACGCUUCAUCCACGUCACUGCAAUGCUGCUAACCAGGAAACACCGGCAGCAACGAUGGCAAACAUAACCUGGCGACAGCCACCAUCCAGAGAUGAAGCCAACGCAACGAUUCAGGUCAGAAACGGGGCAGUGAACGAGACGACGACCCAGACCAGAAACGGCCCCAGGCGGGAGCCGACCACGACAGUGCAAAGCGAUGGAAGAAGCGAUGCCCGAAGCGUGACUCCGAUUACCCCAAUUACACCAUUCAGCGAGAGCUCUUUGUCUGUUUGGAUGAGCGAAGAUAGCCUCCCGGAAGAGGAGGUGACUGUGGUCGCAGAGAAGAGAGCCCGGGCAGAGUCAGACGACAUCGCUGUUCAGUCACAACUGCUGCGGGCAUCCACGCCGGAGCGUGAAGGCGACGCAGCUGAAAGGGACUCGAGAACCAUCCAGAUAGUGUGGCAAAACGGCAGAAACGAAGAGAGUGUCAAUGCUGGGCGUACUGGAGAUUCAGACAGGCUCCAUGAUGAUAGACGCCAUCAACAAAACGAAGCCAGUAAGGUAACUCAAAACGGCGAUGAGCACAGUGCUGUAGGCAACAAUGGUUGUGGAACCCACGAAGAAUGCGACAUCGAGCCAAUGCUCGAGACGUCCAGUGCUGCCCAGACCUCUCAAGAUGAUCCCCUCGAGCGUAUUACCCACGCAGAUCAGGCGGCAGUAGCAAGUCCAUUAGCAAUCUCUUCUCCAAAGGAACUGACUCCACGAGCUUCUCCAACAGGGGACCCCGUGGAGCCAGCGACACUACCUACCGACCGCGCCGAGGCCAGGGAGGCCGACAAGCGCCGGCGACGUCUGAUGGCCGCUGAGAUUCAGGACCAGAACGAAUGGCUGACGAUGGCUGACGAAUUUGCGGAGAGAGGGCAGAUGAGGGAACGACGCACCUCACUGAUUGGGCGCGUUCUGAGAGCGAUGGACAGGCAGAGACCAGACGAUCGGGAGGAAGAUACUGGGGAAGAUGCAGGACGCAAUCCGGAUGAUAACUUCAUUGGGGAGCAGCGAGAUGUACUGAAUCUGCAGAUGGUUUCUGAAAGCCAUUCUGACGAUGAUGUUGAUUCUGUACAAAGUGUUCGCCCGUCCAGCGAGCAUCACCAGAUCCGUGCCAGCCACGCCAAACCCAAGCCUUGCUCAAAUAAAGGUUCCAAGAAAGACGGCUCUCCCGCCACCGGCGAUCACCUUAUGGAAAACAAAUCAACAGCCUCCCGUUCCUCAGCUGACGAGCUUGGUCGCACACCCUCUCCCUCUCUCGCCACAGACGCGAUCCCACCCCGUCGAGCGCACUCGGGUCGCGCUCCAUCUCGCGACUUCCCACUUCCCUCCCUCCCUCCACAAGACCUUCCCACGCCGAGACCCCUCUUCCCGACGCCCAGAGUUCCACGCUACGUCGACCUGCCGCCGCCAGAGGAGGACCCGAUACUGAGGAGAAGAUCUCGCCAGUUCUGGAGGGCCGUUCAGGGAAGACCGGGAAGGGCGCUGCGUGCACAUCUGAUGGGUGGUUCAGUAGCCGAUAUGAGGGCAGAAGUGUUGCGGAUUCAUUUAAGAUCAACUGGAGAAAUCUCCGGAUCGCCUGAGUUUCCAAGAGAUGUGCCAAGGGAGAUGCUAGUGCAGGUUGAAGAGGAAGUAGAUGGCACUGUGACGGAAAGCAAGCCUGCUCGACUGGAAAGGAAUCAGACACAAUCGGAUUUCAAAUCUUAUCUUGGAGAAGGCUCGACUUCGCGAGCACAAUCUACGUCCGAAAAUGGAUCGGCCAAACCACUGGUAUCUUCCUCCCUCAAAACACAUUCGUCUAGGUCGCAGGUCUCAGAGGAGAUGCCGACACCUCACACUACACCAUCGUCGUCACAUCAGCGGACUCCAACACCGCAGCCGAUCCUUCCUGUCCCCACACGGUCAGCAUUCCGACGUCGGUUCUACGGACAGCUGCACCGUGUACUGUGGCCGAGCAGUCUACCGGAGAGCCCGCUUGACCUCCGCUGCACGCAGCGUCAGCAGUCUCAGGAAAGUGAACCACAGGGAGAAAACCUGCAGGAGGCUAGGAAGAGGACAUCAGCGGACAGUCCACCAAUCGUGGUGCUUCAUCCGCGACCUACGUCCACCCCAGGACAAGAGGUGGAAGACGAUGGACCGAUGGAUCUCAGCUGCAGGGAACGAGGCCGUUGAUGGCAGCGCUGCCAACGGGAGACAGCUCACUGCUUCAGACCGCGGUUCGUGUGGCGAACAAAACCCGACUGGGGAAGUGUGUAAGGCCCAUGAAAUACGAAUGAGGAUUAGGAUAAAGUGGAGGAGGUAGUGUCUUUGAUUGGGGACAUGUUUUCGCCCCCAGCUGUGAGACGCUGUGUUGUUCAUCUUGUUGUUGUUCGUUUCGUUCUUUGUUCGUUCCAGUUAAAUACAUUUCAUCAAUUAUUGAA